GACUAUUGCGAAGUUCGGGUUCCCGCUGGGAUCUCGGAGCCCAGUGACGCGGGGGAAGACUUCCGGCUACGACUGAUGUAGCUUCCCAUGAGCUUCUCCCGCGUCUACACGGUGCUCGCAGGUUACGAACGCCGAUUUCAUUUCACGCGCUCGGUUCACCGGCCCAUGGCGUCUGCUUCGGGACCCCCUGCGGCGCUGAGCGCUGAGCAGGCGAAGGUGGUGCUGGCGGAAGUGAUCCAGGCGUUCUCCACUCCGGAGAACGCCGUCCGCAUGGACGAGGCACGAGACAAUGCAUGCAACGACAUGGGCAAGAUGCUGCAGUUCGUGCUGCCCGUGGCCACGCAGAUCCAACAGGAGGUUAUCAAAGCCUAUGGCUUCAGUUGCGAUGGCGAAGGUGUUCUUAAGUUUGCCCGCUUGGUCAAGUCCUAUGAAGCCCAGGAUCCUGAGAUCGCCAGCCUGUCUGGCAAGCUGAAGGCACUAUUCCUGCCACCCAUGACACUGCCACCCCAUGGGCCUCCUUCUGGUGGCAGUGUGGCUGCCUCCUGAGAGUCAGCCUCUCCACUCCCAGGGAAAGGAACGCUAAAUGUUUGCGAGGACAAUAAACGUGCCUGUCACUGA